AUUUUGUCCACAAAUACCAAAAAUAUCUAUCUUCAAUCAAUUCAUCGGUUUCUUAGCAUUGCGCAACACUGCAACUCCCACCCGCCUUCUUUCACUCUCACACUACAUAUGGGGUUGGCUUCAGCCACCACCAUCUCCUCCUCCUCCUCCUCCUCCUUGCUCUCCGCCUCCCUAUGCCCUGCCAGAAGAGGCUUUCUUCCGCCCUGCCAUCAUCACUUCUUCUUCCUCUCAACUUUUAGUAAAUGCAAUUUGAAUUGGAAAAGAUCAUCAGGAAAGAAGAGAGGUGAAAGAGUAAGGUGUAGUGCAGUGGGAGUGGGAGUGGGAGUGGAAGAUGAAGCAUGUGAAUUAGUGAAUGGAGUUGAGCUUUCAAUUGGGGAAGGAGAUGAUAACAUCCAAGCUUAUCUCUUUAAGGCAGUGAAGAACAAUAAUGGAGCAGGUGUUUUGCUUUUAUCUGAUAUCUUUGGGUUUCAAGAUUCAGCCACAAGAGAUUUUGCAUACCAAGUUGCCUGCCAUGGUUACAAUGUCCUUGUUCCAGACCUAUUUCGUGGUGACCCCUGGGAAAAGGGCCGACCAAAACCAAUGUUUGAACAAUGGCUGGCUAGCCAAGACCCUCAGAGGGUUGCAAAUGACAUAGCAACCUCAACAAAAUGGAUGGUUGAUGAAUUUAGAGCUGCAGGAAUUUCAAAGAAACUUGGUAUCAUUGGAUUUUGCUUUGGAGGUGGCCGUGUGAUCGAUGUUUUAGCCGCUGACCAGGGUGCUUGUUUUAGCACUGCUGUCUCAUUCUAUGGGACCAGGAUGGAUCUGGCAGCGGCAUCUAAAAUAAAGGUGCCUGUGUUGUUCAUUUCAGGGGAUGAUGACCUACUCUGUCCGAUUGGUGUUUUGAGCAAGUUUGAGAAGAUCAUUGGCAACGGCUCUAGGGUUGUAAUCUUCGAAGGAAGAGGUCAUGCCUUUGCCCAUCGACCAGGAUCUACAGAAGAGGAUGCAGAUGCUGAGCAGGCAUUUACCUUGAUGAGGAAUUGGCUUCAUGAUGGCCUACUCGUAAACAGUUGAGCGCAUCUAUGUUCAUUGGUUAUCUUACAGGGUGCUUAAGGUAGAAUUGGUGCAUCUUUCUGGCAAUACUCUGAACAAGCAAUUUGUUCUUGAGGAUGCUCAUGCCCAUUGAUGUAUAUACGCUAAUUAAUGUCGUUUUUCAUCUCUUUUAUAUUACAAGAAUUUUCAGGAUAA